AUGACAUCGGGAGGUGCCGAGGAUGGCCAGAAGGGCCCUGCGUCUGUCGCAGCCGAGAAAUCGCCAAACAACAAUGCCGCAGUUGAUUUUGAACAAGGCCAGAGCCCGUACGCUGGCGACGCUGAUUCUCAGCUGAGCGACUCGCUACCCAGACCCCGCAAGUCCUCGAGCCACGAUCGGGAGAUUGCGACUGCUUUGCAGGCCAAAGGCGAACAACCAUUACCCUAUGAUGAUGAAGCGCCUCCGCUGCCCGACGAAGCGCCCCCGGAGGAUGAUGGAUGGACGUAUGAGUGGGACUACAAUGCACAACGCCACUACUUCUACAACCGCCUGACGGGCAAGGCUCAAUGGGAGAAUCCUCGGUUGCCACAAGCCACCGCUCCAGACUACGGAUCGUACGACAGAUACGUGAACAGCUCAACCGUUGCCCCCGCGACCAGCUCUGGCGCACCUGGCACCUCGUCUCCGCCUAAGCGCAAACACGGUGGUUACAAUCCCGCCAUCCAUGGCGACUAUGAUCCGAAUGCAGAUUAUGCUCGGGAAGCCGAACAGGAAGAGGAGCAAGCGCAAGCUGCUGCUGUAUCCGCGGCUGCUGCGGCUGCAGGUCUUCCAGACCCAAACGCCGGUGACUAUUCCACGACUGCCCAGUUCAAUCGCUUCACUGGCCGUUUUCAGCAGGCCGGAAUGAACCCGGACUACCACAAUGAUGAAAACAAAAGCAAGCGCCAGAUGAGUGCCUUCUUUGACGUCGACGCCGCGGCUAACAGCCAUGAUGGCCGCAGCCUGAAGGCUGAGCGUCGCGGCAAGAGCCUGUCAAAGCAGGAGUUGAAGGCUUUCAAGGAGAAGCGCCGCGACAAAAAAGAAGAGAAGCGCCGCGCAUGGCUUAGAGACUAA